GCCGGCGCCAGCUGUGAGCGCUGCGGGCGACGCCGCGGCCGGCAUGAGCGUGGGCUUCAUCGGGGCGGGCCAGCUGGCCUUUGCCCUGGCCAGGGGCUUCACGGCAGCAGGUGUCCUUGCUGCCCACAAGAUCGUGGCCAGCUCCCCUGACAUGGACCUAGCCACGGUUUCUGCUCUCAGGAAAAUGGGGGUGAACCUGACACCCCACAACAAGGAGACGGUGCAGCAUAGUGACGUGCUCUUCCUGGCCGUGAAGCCUCACAUCAUCCCCUUCAUCUUGGAUGAGAUUGGCGCCGACAUCGAGGACAGGCACAUCGUGGUGUCCUGUGCAGCUGGUGUCACCAUCAGCUCCAUUGAGAAGAAGCUGAUGGCAUUUCAGCCAGCCCCCAAGGUCAUCCGCUGCAUGACCAACACCCCAGUCGUGGUGCGAGAGGGGGCCACUGUGUACGCCACGGGCACACACGCCCAGGUGGAGGACGGCAGGCUCCUGGAGCAGCUCCUCGGCAGUGUGGGCUUCUGCACAGAGGUGGAGGAGGACCUGAUUGAUGCGGUCACAGGGCUUAGCGGAAGCGGCCCUGCCUACGCGUUCACAGCUCUAGAUGCUCUGGCUGAUGGGGGUGUGAAGAUGGGACUUCCAAGGCGCCUGGCAGUACGCCUCGGUGCGCAGGCCCUCCUGGGAGCCGCCAAGAUGCUACUGGACUCAGAACAGCACCCAGGCCAGCUCAAGGAUAAUGUCUGCUCUCCUGGUGGGGCCACCAUCCAUGCCUUGCACGUGCUGGAGAGUGGUGGCUUCCGCUCCCUGCUCAUCAAUGCCGUGGAGGCCUCCUGCAUCCGCACACGGGAGCUGCAGUCCAUGGCUGACCAGGAGAAGGUCUCACCAGCUGCCAUCAAGAAGACUGUCCUGGACAAGAUGAAGCUGGACCCCCCUGCUGGGGCACCUCUGUCCCCUUCUGGACAUACCAAGCUGCUCCCCCGUAGCCUGGCCCCGGCAGGCAAGGACUGACAUGUCCUGCCCGCCCAACUCUGCUCUCCACUCUUUGCUCCUGGCUCAAAGCUCCUGCACUAGGUUCUCUAGCCAGGCCACACAGACCAUCUCCACAGUGGCCAGCUGCCUAUGGCCCUGCUCAGCUCAGGAGUCAGCCAGGGUUGUAGCCAGGGAGGGGGCACAUCCCUUCACACUGGGAAUCUCCAUGGUCCCCAAGAGCUUCCCUGCCCAGAGCAGGGAUGGGUUCUCUAACCUCAACCUCCUUCCUCCUCUUCUGCCCCCACAACCAAGUUAAAAUCACCUUCCUCUGGACUCAGAGGCCUGGAGAGUCUCCAGCCACACCUACUGUCAAGGUCCUCCUCCAUGAACGCUCAGCCAGGUGGGAGCCCAGCCCGUCUCCUGCCCCUCCACUGACAGGGAGAUUCCUCUCCUCUCUGUGAGGACUAGAGGGCCCCAGGCAUCCUGAGCUUGGCCAGCUGCCAAGCACCCAUGACCCCACUGGACAUUUGAGAAAAGGAUCCUCAGAUAACUGAUGAGCUUCCUGUGGCCACCAGCACACUCAAGCCACCAUCUUGCAUUACUGACCUGAUUCACGGGUGCUGUUAUUUCUCUCUCAACCCUUUAAAUAAAUUGAUUUCCAGCCCUUA